UGUCUCUAGUGAGUGACCUCAUAACGAUCACCGAUCCAGAAAACGGAGACAAGAGACGGGCUCUCCAGAAAAGAGGCUGGAGUGUGGGAGUGGACGUAGGCUACGGGUCUCACUCCGGGGGUCGUGUGGGGGUCAGUGUCGGCUUCUCCUUUUGACCACAGUUGACCAAACUGGCAUUUUUUUCUUGACAUAAUCACUCAUUGAACUGACUUCCAUUUGAACAAAUAAAACAUCAAAAGUUCGA